GGGGUAUUGGUGCCCAUCACCUGGAAAACAUGUGGACUCAGCAGGUGUGUGGUCUCCCACGGCUCCUCGUGUAUAUAAGUGGCCCAUCAACACCACCCAACACUCUCAACCAGAGCCAGCACUCCUCCUGCAAGAUGAAGGUGGCAGCACUGUUGCUUUGUGGCGUGGCUCUGGCCGCCGCCAGCCCCUCCUGGGACACCUUCAAGGCUCAGUAUGGCCGCAAGUACGUGGACUUGGAGGAGGAGCUGUUCCGUAAGCAGUUGUUCACAGAGAACCAGCAGAAGAUCGAAGAGUUCAACAAAAGGUUCGAGAAUGGCGAGGUCACCUUCACCGUCAAGAUGAACCAGUUUGGUGACAUGACGACUCAGGAGUUCAACGCCGUGAUGAAGGGACUUAAAAAGGGCCCCCAGCCUAAGGCAGCGAAUAUCUUCCACGCUAACAAAAGCCUUCCCAAGGCUGUUGACGUUGACUGGCGUACCAAGGGGGCCGUCACCCCUGUCAAAGACCAGGGGCAGUGUGGCUCAUGCUGGUCCUUCUCCUCGACCGGCGCCUUAGAGGGCCAGCACUUCCUGGCGACUGGCAACCUGGUGAGUCUCUCCGAGCAGAACCUUGUUGACUGCACCGUCUCCUAUGGCAACGCUGGCUGCGAUGGUGGCUGGAUGAACACCGCGUUCGCAUACAUCAGGGACAAUGGUGGCAUCAACACUGAGGCUACCUACCCCUACGAGGCAGUCGAUGGACGCUGCCGCUUCAACUCCAACGACAUCGCCGCCACAGUGACUGGUUAUGUGGACAUCGACUAUUACAACGAGGACGCCCUCCAGCAGGCAGUCCAGAGUGUAGGCCCCAUCGCUGUGGCCAUUGACGCCUCAAACUGGUCCUUCCAGUUCUAUGAGAGUGGUGUGUACUACGAAGCAGCUUGCUCACAAACCUACCUUGACCACGCUGUGCUGGUGGUGGGCUACGGCUCAGAGGGCGGCCAGGACUACUGGAUCGUCAAGAACUCCUGGAACACCGGCUGGGGCUCCAGCGGUUACAUCAACAUGGCUCGUAACAAGGGCAACAACUGUGGUAUCGCCACCCAAGCUUCCUACCCCACUGUCUAGACGUCAAGGCACUCCACACUGCUUCCUACCCAACUAUCUAGAAGUCGAGGCAUUCCACACUGCUUCCUACCCAACUAUCUAGACUUCGAGGCACUCCACACUGCUUCCUACCCAACUAUCUAGAAGUCGAGGCAUUCCACACUGCUUCUUACCCAACUAUCUAGAAGUCGAGGCAUUCCACACUGCUUCCUACCCAACUAUCUAGAAGUCGAGGCAUUCCACACUGCUUCUUACCCAACUAUCUAGAAGUCGAGGCAUUCCACACUGCUUCCUACCCAACUAUCUAGAAGUCGAGGCAUUCCACACUGCUUCUUACCCAACUAUCUAGAAGUCGAGGCAUUCCACACUGCUUCCUACCCAACUAUCUAGAAGUCGAGGCAUUCCACACUGCUUCCUACCCAACUAUCUAGAAGUCGAGGCAUUCCACACUGCUUCCUACCCAACUAUCUAGAAGUCGAGGCACUCCACACUGCUUCCUACCCGACUGUCUAGACCUCGAGGCACUCCACACUGCCUAAACAACACCACGAAGCAGCUGGCAGGGCUCCUCACAGGUAUCAGACGCACCAACCUCACACCUACAACACCUGCACCUGUGUAACUCUCUGGUGUUCGUACCUGUGUAAUAAUAAAAAUAAUUCAGAA